CAGCCUCCGGCAGGACGCGGCCGCCGCAGCCCGUGCGCCCCUGGCCCUGCGCCCUCGCCGUGCGCCCCUGGCCCUGCGCCCCGAGCCCGGUCACACUUCAGCAUAAAACGUGAGAAUUUAAAAACUGAGAUUUCUCUAAAAUGUCGUACAGACAGGAAUUGGAGAAAUACCGUGAUCUGGAUGAGGAUAAGAUCCUUAGUGCAUUGACAGAAGAAGAGCUCAGGACACUGGAGAAUGAACUGGAAGAGCUAGACCCUGAUAAUGACCUGCUGCCUGUGGGACUCAGACAGAGGGACCAGACCAAAAAGACACCGACUGGCCCAUUCAAAAGGGACGAGCUUCUGGACCACCUAGAAAAGCAGGCGAAAGAUAUGAAAGAUCGAGAAGACCUGGUCCCUUUCACAGGGGAAAAGAAAGGAAAAGUCUGGGUCCCCAAGCAGAAGCCAAUUGAUCCUGUUUUGGAACGAGUAACGCUGGAGCCAGAGCUGGAGGAAGCCCUGGCUAAUGCGUCUGAUGCAGAACUCUGCGAUAUUGCUGCGAUCCUUGGCAUGCAUACGCUGAUGAGUAACCAGCAGUACUACGAGGCACUCGGGAGCACCACCAUAGUUAACAAGGAAGGCCUGAACAGUGUGAUUAAGCCCACGCAAUAUAAACCAGUUCCCGAUGAAGAACCCAAUUCAACAGAUGUAGAAGAAACUUUGGAACGAGUAAAGAACAAUGACCCUAAACUCGAGGAAGUCAACCUUAAUAAUAUUAGGAAUAUUCCCAUACCAACUUUAAAAGCAUAUGCUGAAGCACUGAAGAAUAAUUCCUAUGUAAAGAAGUUAAGCAUAAUAGGAACAAGAAGCAAUGACCCGGUAGCCUAUGCACUGGCUGAGAUGUUAAAAGCCAACGGUGUAUUGAAGAGCUUGAAUGUGGAAUCCAACUUCAUUUCUGGGUCCGGGAUCCUGGCUCUGAUCGAAGCACUCCAGCACAAUACUUCACUGAUCGAGCUCAAAAUUGACAACCAGAGCCAGCCGCUGGGCAACAAGGUGGAAAUGGAGAUUGCAAACAUGUUAGAAAAAAAUAGCUCCCUUUUGAAGUUCGGGUAUCACUUUACACAGCAAGGUCCCCGGCUUCGUGCAUCUAACGCCAUGAUGAACAACAAUGAUCUUGCUCGUAUACAUCGCUCUGAUGGCCCCUGGCAUAACUUCUCCGCUCUGCAACUGGACGAUGUCUAAUGAGGAAGAGGAGACUUGCAGACUUGAAUGGGCCUUUCUAUCCCAAGUGCCGAAUUGGGGUGUAGUUCCCGGCUGUGAAGAUCGUGCCUGGUGGUUUGUGCUAUACCCUGGAAAUCCGAAGGCAAAGUGCCUGCACAAAAUAUCUGUGGUGCCUGAGUUCUGUGUUGCAUAAUUAUGCACUAAAGGUUUAAAUUAACUAGCGAUUGUAGGUGACGAUUUGAUCAAAUAUCACUAAUGAUGUUUUCUUUAGAGUCAAGCCGAGUCAAUCCAGUUACAAGUUGCCAAUUUUAAGCAGUCUUGGUUUAGAAUACAUCACAGCACAAAAGUGACUGUUAAUUCACCCAUGACUUAAUUUCGCUUAGGAUUUCCUGUGUGGUGUUUCAGAUAUAUUUAGAAUGUGUUAUGCAUGAGUGGAAAAAAUUACUGCUCUACACAAGUUGCAUAAGUAUUUAAAAAAAUACUUUAUUGUUUCAACUUGCUUAUCUGUUUGACAAGCAUUUCUACUCUCCCACCACAAUGCUAUCCCAUCCCUUUCGAGGACUUGUAAAUUACAAUUAAUUACCAUCAUUUGCUGAUUUUAUUUGCAGACAGGAUGUUAAAAGCACCCAUAUUUUUCCCCAAAAAGAAUUCAUCUUUUUUAUUGCCCUCCACCCAAUGAAAAGACCGUAAGGCCACUGAUUAUAAAGUAAUGGCUCCAUAAAAACAGAGCAGUAGGUAUUAGAUGGGACGUUAAAAUCUUCCUGUCUCCUUUUGCAUGGAUAUGUAAAACCAUUGCUUUAAGAGAUUGGGAAUGAAAUCCUGACUCCACUGAAGUCAGGUGCAAACUCUCAUUGACUUCAAUAGGGGCAGGAUUUCCCCCUGGAUUUUCUCUGGAAAUGUGCCUCCUGUGCUUUUACUGGGUCGUGCUGGAGCCCUGACUCGUAAUUCUGGGUUUCUGGCUGGAUGACCGUUUUAUUUAUCUGUAAAACUUCUUGUUCUGCUAGAGAUUUUAUUUUACCAACAUCCCAAAUUUCUGAAUAGUGCACUCUAAUAAAGAAAUUACUUGCAAAUA